ACGUACAGCUCUUGACAAGACAGAUCAAGCUUGGACAAUGGAGUCGAGGCACGCUAUGCCAUUGGCAUUGGCAUUUGUCUGCAUGGCACUCCUUGAAAUCCAGCUAGGAAUCUCUGUGAAAGUAGCUAGUCAGCAGUUCAGGCAUUUUGAUCCAGGAAUUCGUCAUUGGUUGGUGGUGCCGAUUGGCUGCAGCAGGGCGUUUAAAAAAGGCAGGCGCACUCUUGAGUUUUGCACUCCGGCGAAGGGGCAGCGAACAUGGCGGCUGGGUACAGCAGGGCUCAGAUUGAAGGGAUUGCCAACACCGUGUUUCCACGGAAUACCGCUUUUGUGGAUCCAAUGAGACCAGAAACAUCGCAAGUUUUGCAGCGCAUCCUGGAGGAAUCGCAGUCAACCGACGCGGUGGUUAGGUUGCUAGCUAUCCGACGCUUCAAGGAUAUCUUCCAGCCAUUCGUGAGAUCAGCGUCCGCAGAGAGUGCAGUUCAUGCAGCUGUCUUUCUCCUAGAGAGGGGGUUCAUGAAGUCAGUCAACCAGGGGUUGGAAGAGUCGUUGGCUGGACGGUGGCUUCUGCUGCCUAGCCCUGAGGAUACGGAGAAGCUGUCUGCUACGGCGAACGGUUAUGCCCCAAUUCUGUUGAAGCCAAUCAUUUGUGCCAGCGCGGUAGAGUGCCUUGCAGUGGACAGCCGCACUGCAAAGUACAUACUGAAAGUGUCGCCGCGUCUGCCUGUGCUUCUGAAGAACCUCUUUCUCAAGGAGUUCACUCUGGGUGUAGAACUGGAUUUAGGGAUGCGGCCAGAGCUUCAGAUAAAAGAAGCGGUCCUUUGUGCCAUUCCUAAGCUUUUCUACUCUGAGGCUUUCCGGAAGGAGAUCGGCCAGAGCACAGACUUUCUCGCGGCAGUCAUGGACCAUGCGGUUGCAGACUUCCAGAACAAGAUGGUGGUGAUGAUUGCUGCCUCAGUCAUUCACACUGCUCGGACGUACUGCUUCACUGGAUCUCCUGUGAAGUCUCUCGAGGAAAGCUUCCUCCGCUUUACAGCCAAGAUUUUCAUGGAGUCUUCCAGUAAGGCGCAGAUCCUCUACACUAUUGAGACACUUGCCCAAUUCACUGCGCAUCGAGUUCACAGCCCUACCAGACGCCAAGAAGCCGCUCCUGAGAUCCCAAUGCUCAGAUCGUCGGUUCUCGCCCUGCUUCUUUGCCAGGACGAGCUGCAGAACUUUGACGAUUCCAUGAGGCUCGCUAUUUUUGCGGGUUUCCUCACAGAGUCAACUGCUCUUGCUCGGAAUGGAACUGGGUGCUUCCUGGGCAGCCAGUUUUCAAUGGUUCAAAUGAAGGAAAGCGCACGAGAAGACCGGGCAGCCGUGCAAAGAGCAUCACAGCUGCGUAAGAUUCUUUUGUCGAACACUGAACGCGAGGAACGGGCCCUCUUAUACCCGGUCAAAUCGGCAGACAGGGAUGCUACCAUGGAGGAAGCGCUGAAGAGGGGCUUAACAUUGCAAGACAGGAGAGCGUCUACUGUGGACCAGGGUGCCAGAAAACAGCAUGGAAAGCGGGCCACAAGCAAACUUGCAAACAAGAGGCGUCCCUGCGGAACAACCCAUAGUAAGGUGUACAGGGCAAUCUUGUGCACACAUCGUGAGUCGACAAUCCAGAUUUGGGCGCCUCCGAGCUAA